AUGGCUAAUGCUAGACCAAAACGAGAUAGAAAGCAGGUCUAUAACCUGUCUGAUGUGCUGUCACAGUUGGACGAAGAUUCAUCUGGCAGCGAAUAUAAGGCUGACGAGGGUGAAUCGGAUACAGAAAGCGUCAGUGAAGAUGAGGAGAGCUUGAUUGGCGAAGUGAAUAACCUGGAGGGUGACACAGAGACUCAGAGUGUACAUCUUUCCGAUGGAAAAACACAAGGGAUGACGUCAGAGACCUCUGCUCAACCAAAUCCACUUGAUUCUGAGAAGGCUGAACAAGAAAUCACAGCAAGCAGCAGCAACAUUUCUCAACUUGAUCCACAUCCCUUGACUAAUCCAUUGUCCUCGAGCAGCCCUUCGCGGCACGACAUUUCAGAAGGCCUAUUAGACUCUGACCUUCCGGCAAAUGAUGAUCCACAAACAGCGACGGAAAACCAACAACCUAGAGACCAUGAGGAAGGUCAUACUGACAUAACUAGGGGAAGAAAACGGAAGAGAGAGACGGAUGCUUGGAGUCGAAAUAAAAGAAAGGAUGCAAGGAACAGAGGGCGUGAAUAUAUCAAUGAAAAGGGACGUGUUAUACAUGCAAGACGUCCUCAACCUUUCCAGUGCAAAUGUCACUACAAAUGUACAGACAACAUCCCAGAGGACGCGCGUAAGAAGGUUUGUGAAGCAUACUGGGCCAGUGGUGAUUAUACUCGUCAACGAGACUAUAUUGUUAGAAAUGUGAAAAAAACAGAGCGAAGCAGGUCAACAACCGCUGGCGAGUCCAGAAGACAAAGGACCUACAAGUAUCACUUGACCAUGAAUGGUCAAUGCAUUCAGGUGUGCAAAACAUUCUUUUUGGCAACACUUGAUAUACGCCAAAGAACAGUUUAUUACGCUCUCGAUGCCAAAACCAACAUAAACGCUGCAAAUACUGAGGGUUUUGUAUCUCCUGAUCGUAGAGGCAAGAACACACCAAAAAACAAGACCAGUGAUUCGGACAAGGCUUUUUUAAAAGCUCACAUUGAAUCGUUCCCUGCCGUCGAGUCACAUUACUGCAGACAGAGGACACGGCGCAGGUACCUGGACAGUAGUCUUAAUGUGAAGAAAAUGCAUGAACUGUACGAGGAACAUUGCAGAAAGGAAAACCGCACACCGGCAAAGGUUCAUGUAUACAGAGAGAUUUUCAACAGUGAAUAUAAUUUGGGGUUCCAUAAACCAAAAAAGGAUGAAUGCAGUCUUUGUGAUCGAUUUAAGAAGGCUACCCUAACAGAGAAGGAAGCUAUGAAUACAGAAUAUCAGGCACACCAAGCUAGAAAAGUUCAGGCCAGAGAACACAAGGAAACCGAUAAGAAGAGGGCAAUUGAAAAUCCAGAAACUGUGAGAUCAAUAAAUUUCGACCUUCAAAGGUUCUACAGACACCUCAGAUGA